UUUGUGUUCCCUCGUCGUUUGUAACGAUAGAUAGCACAGGAAGUAGCAGCAGCAGCAGCUACAUUUGAGUUCACCUUAUCCUCUCCCCAAACAAUGUCCAACGACGAAGACACUCCCUCCGCCAAUGCCUCCGACUCCGACUCCGACUCCGACUACGACUCCGACUUCGACGAGGCAGAGGACGAGGCAUUCCGCCGCGCCUUCCGCGACCGCGACGCCGACGACGAUGCCGACGACGCCGCCCCCCGCUACGGCGACCCCGACGCCAACCUGAGGGAAUUCUCGGCGGCGCUGGAGAGCCCCGCGGUGAAGGAGAUGCAGGAGGAGGACGACCCCUUAAUCGUGGAAGAGGAAAACCCUUACGACUUCCCCUACGACCCCGAGGAAUGGACCGAGCAGGACCUCAGGGAGCUUUGGGCCGACGGGCCCAAAGAAAUUGGGGGCACGGGCUGGGACCCCGUUUGGGCCUCCGAGGAGGAGUGGCGCUACGUGCUCGACGAGAUUGCGGACGGAGAAGAGCCUCCCAUUGCUCCCUUUUAUCUCCCUUACCGGAAGCACUACCCUGCUAUUCCUGACAACCAUUACGACAUUGCCAAUCCCAAGGCUGUCAUUGAAGAGUUGGAUAGGAUUGAGGAGUUUCUCAAGUGGGUCAGCUACGUUUUCGAAGAUGGCAGCACGUAUGAAGGGACUAUUUGGGAUGACUAUGCUCAUGGAAAAGGUGUUUAUGUUUCGGAUGAUGGACUCGUCAGGUAUGAAGGUGAAUGGUUUCAAAAUGACGUAGAGGGUCAUGGUGUAGUUGAAGUUGAUAUACCUGUUAUAGAACCUGCUCCUGGGUCCAAGCUUGAAGCAAAGAUGCGAGCUCAAGGAAAGAUAAUAGCAAGGGAUUUUUAUUCCCCAGAAGACAGAGAAUGGCUUGAGAAGGAUAUCGAAGAUAUGUAUUAUCUUGCAGAUGGGAGCUAUGAAAUUCCCUUUUAUGAGAAUGAGGAAUGGGUUAAGCAAUUUGGAAGAAAGCCGGAGAAAGGUCGCUAUCGUUAUGCCGGUCAGUGGAAGCAUGGGAGGAUGCAUGGAUGUGGUGUAUAUGAAGUUAAUGAGCGUGUCAUAUAUGGCAGAUUUUAUUUUGGAGAAUUAUUGGAUGACCUUGAGGGAUGUGAUGAUGAAAUUUCAGCGAUGCAUGCCGGUAUAGCAGAAGUUGCUGCUGCAAAGGCUCGCAUGUUUAUUAACAAGCCAGAUGGAAUGGUUAGAGAACAGAGAGGCCCAUAUACUGAUCCACAGCAUCCAUACUUUUAUGAAGAAGAGGAUGUGUGGAUGGCACCUGGCUUCAUUAACCAGUUUUAUGAAGUCCCUGAUUACUGGAAAAUAUAUGUGCAUGAAGUAGAUCAAGAAAGAGAAAUGUGGUUAAACUCUUUUUACAAAGCUCCUCUUAGGUUACCCAUGCCAGCAGAGCUUGAGUACUGGUGGUCAAAAGAGGAGAAUCACGAGAUUCCCGAAUUUGUCCUUAUUAACAAGGAACCGGAGCCUGAUCCUGAAGAUCCUUCAAAGCUUAUAUGUACCGAGGAUCCUCUCAUCCUCCAUACACCAACUGGAAAUAUUAUCAAUUAUGUUGAAGAUGAGAAAUAUGGAAUACGUUUAUUCUGGCAGCCACCUCUGGGAAAGGGCGAGGAUGUGGAUCCUGAAAAGGCUGUAUUCCUGCCCCUUGGUUAUGAUGAGUUUUUUGGAAGAGAAACAGUGGAAGAAAAACAGAGCAUAUGGUUGCGUAUUAUACUUGGAAUUGAAAAUGCAUGUAAGCCAUGGAUUGAUAAACUAGAUAAAUGGAUUGAGGAACAGAAGAAAAUUAAGGAAGAGGAAAAGAAAGCAAUUGAGGAAGAACUUGAACUGAUAGAUGCUGAAAUUGAUCUAGAAGACGCCAUUAAGGAUAUGGAAGAGUUAUUGCGUGAAAGAGAGAAAGAAGAGGAAAAGAAAGCAAAAAUGGGUUUGCUUGAUGAAGACGACGAUGAUGGUGAUGAUGAUGAUGGUGAUGAUUUGACUUCUGUAACCAACCAAGAUGAAAAAGCUCCUGCAAAGGUGGAAGAAAAAGCUACCGCAAAGGUGGAAGAGAAAGCUCCUACAGAGGUGGAAGAGGAAGCUCCUGCAGAGGUGGAAGACGAAGAUGAUGAGGAUGGAGAUGAUGAAGACGAAGACGAGGAUAAUAGUGCACAAUCAAGUUUUGGGUCUGUUGAGCAGGGACGGACAGCAGAUCAGCAGAAGGGAAAACCUGGGAAGUCGCCAUUUUCUACAUCUUCACUUGCAUUUGCUUCUAGCAGCCUUAUCUCUGCUGUUCCAUCCAAGCUGCAACAAUCUUUUUCAUUCUGGAACAAGGGGAGAUCAAAACCGGCGUCAGUUCCUUCACCAUGCAUUGAUCACUACAGUAAUGUGAAGACAGUUGAUUCAAUCAGUUUCCCCCUUGUGAUCGGUCAAAAGGGUAGCUUGAAGGCUGUGGGCAAAACAUAUGGGAAAGUCAAGGCAAGAAGCUCUUUAGGUGGGAGAUUUCUUGCAGUGCGCUUAUUGUCUAAGACUCGAUCACACUUAUUGGCUUCUGCAAAUUACAGAAGCAACUUAAAGGAACCAAGAGUGAGUAGUGACAUGUGGUUGCAUGCAGCACCAGAAAGGGAUUUAGACAGUAUACUGUCUUUGCAUUCAUCAUUGUAUAAUUUUGAACAACAUAGAGAGAGUGUUUGAUGAUCGUAUCUAUCCAUUUUUUAACAAAUAAGCGAGGUUCACUUGAAAUACAAGUUUUGAAGGCCUUUUUGUUGUUUUGUUGCCAUUCUGUACCAAAAAGGAGCACACUUAGGAUUUUUGCUAGGGCAGAGACGUGGUGAAAACUGUUGCUGUAUUUUACUAUGUAUGUCGUUCUAAAUAUGAAAAGCAUCUACUGUUAGAAUUGUUGAAUGAUGUUUACAUUUUUGACGAAUUCUAGGGUGCUCAAUGGUUAUAGGUGGGUUUACCGUGAUCAAGUAAUAUACAGUGUUAGAUUAUUUUAUACU